AUGGACUUCACAAAGUUAAAAAACCAAUAUAGAGUGUUGUUUAUCGCAGAUAUAACGCAUGCCAAACAUACAACUUAUGGAGGCUCUUUGGUUUUAAUUCACGAACCUAAUUUUCCUGCUCCAAGAUGGACUUUAGGGAAAAUUUUAGAAGAGCAUAAAAAUCGAAAUGAUCUUACAAGAGUGGCCACACUACAGACAAAAAACGGAGAAAUUAAACGCCCGAUUACGUCGCUUAUAUUUCUAGCGGUGAAAACUCCAAAUAAUGAACCACCUAAAGUAGUAUCAAGUCAAGAUACAGCUGAAGUCAAGCCAAAGCCCUUAUCAGAACCCUUAUUCUACCAUAUAACAGCAACCCAGAAAGCACAAAGCGCACCUCUACACUACAACUUACAUUAUCAAAGACAAGUUCCUAUCUCAGAACAAAACACCGCAAGUGCUACAAAUACACCCUUAGUGCUGCAGAUAAACCCACUAAAGUACAUCGAUGGAAUUCCAGAGUACAAUGGAAAAGGUGAGGACUUAUAUAAAUUUAUUGAACUGGUAGAAAACGAGAUCCCGUUAACUCUCCAAUAUGACGUAAGUAGUCAAACUAUAUUAUUAAGUAGGAUUAAAUCUAGAUUUACUAGUAGAGCUAGAGAAAUGAUUGAGAUAAAUUCGCAUUUAAAUACUUGGUCGGAAAUUUUUGACGAGUUGCGAGGUGUAAAAUUCACUAGUAACAGUGUGGAAUUUUACAAUGACAUUAAAAGUAUUUUGAGGAGACUCAGCAAUAAAAUUAAAGAUGAACCAAACGCACACGCGUUAAUUCAAGCAAACACGCAAACGGGAUUGAGAGUGUUCAAGGACAAAAUUCCUGAACCAAUGAAAUCAAUUCUUUUUAGUAGAAACCCAACUAGUUUAGAAAAUGCCAUUAACAUCUUACAUGAAGGGAAUUACACGAAAUAUAAUCCUUUUAAAAAACAAAAAUUUAAGGAUAACCUUCAAUCAUCGAGGCACAAUAGUAAUAGUUUUAGAAAUUCAAAUAAUAAUAGUAAUAAUUAUAGUAGUAGUCGAAAUUUUAGUAACAACAGAAACAAUUCUAAUUUUAGAAAUUCUAAUAACAAUUAUAACAACACUCAAAAUGCAGGUUUCCAUAAUAACAACAACUAUUACAACAGAAAUCCUAAUUCACAUCAAAAUCUUAGAAAUUCUUCUCACAAUAAUUAA